CCGUCGUCUCUGCUUGUGUGGCUGCCUGCAACGAAGUUUCUUCCUUGUCAACCGGAAUGUGAAAUGUGCAUGUUGAAUGUUUACCGGGCGGCAAAUAAGUGAAUAUGUGUCAAUAAAGUGGCUUUUGCAAUAGCUUUUGCUAUUCUAAAAACUAAACAUGUAAUUCUGGGAGGUUCUCCCUCAAGUCUGUAUUUUUUACGACUGAUAUAUCUGUAUCCGUUUACUCCUGGAAGCCAGAUGUCAAAUUUUUGGACGGCUGCUAAUUGUUCCCAGUGGGCAGAGGCAUUUUAAGGGGCGAUUCCUUGUUUGCAAAAAUAUUUUUGUGCAAAAAAGAAAAGCUCUGAUUCGUCUUCUCCCUGUGCAACAGACCAUAGCGGACAUGUUGAGGAAGGUGCUGUCGUGGUUUUUUCUGUACUGUCUGGGUCUGUGUGUCCAGACGCCGCUCGUAGUGUCGGUAAAACCAGCGCCUAGCGCCGCCCUAACUUUGGUAUGGGGACCCGGACUGGAGGCUAACAUUGUUCUUCCGGCUCGUUUCUUCUUCAUACAGGCUGUAGACAACGGAGGGAGAAAUUUUACAGCAUCUCCAGGUGAGAACACCUUCGAGAUAAAAAUCGUCGCUCCAGGUGAGCCGUUCUCUCGGAUCUGGGUUCAAGUCCUGGACCGCAGGGACGGGUCCCUCCUGGUCCGCUACAGAAUGUAUGCUAGCUACCCGUCCCUGCAUGUGGAGGUCCUGCUCAAAGGCGCACACGUGGCCAAGUCGCCUUACAUUCUCAAAGGUCCAGUGUACCAUGAGAACUGUGACUGCCCAGAAGUUAGUGUGGAGAAAUGGCUGGAGCAUAUGCACUGCCCCUCCUCCUUCCCUCAAAUCCAGCAAGAUCUCUCGUACUUCCCUUCUGUUGACCCCGAUCGCAACGCGCAGGACAUCCCACGCCGAUUUGGACUGAGGCAAAGCCUCUGCCACUACACCAUCAAAGAUAACCAGGUUUACAUCAAAACACACGGGGAACACGUGGGCUUCAGGAUCUUCAUGGACGCCUUCCUCCUCUCACUCACAAGGAAAGUCAAGGUGCCAGACGUAGAGUUUUUUGUAAACCUUGGGGACUGGCCCUUGGAGAAGAGGAGGCCUCCAGACGUUCUGCACCCCAUCUUCUCCUGGUGUGGCUCCAAUGACACGCGGGACAUCGUCAUGCCGACGUACGACCUCACUGAGUCCGUACUGGAGACCAUGGGCAGGGUGAGCUUGGACAUGAUGUCAGUGCAGGCCAACACGGGACCUCCCUGGGAGGAGAAGAACGGCACGGCCUUCUGGAGGGGGCGGGACAGCCGCAAGGAGAGGCUGGAGCUGGUCAAGCUGGGCCGUGCCCAUCCCAGCCUCAUGGAUGCCGCCUUCACCAACUUCUUCUUCUUCGAACACGAUGAGAACCUCUACGGCCCGCUGGUCAAGCACGUUUCCUUCUUCGACUUCUUCAAGUUCAAAUAUCAGAUCAACGUGGACGGCACUGUUGCGGCCUACAGACUGCCGUACCUGCUGGCUGGAGAUAGCGUGGUGCUGAAGCAGGACUCUCUCUACUACGAGCACUUCUACAGAGACCUCCGGCCCUGGGAACACUACAUCCCCUUCAAGAGUGACCUCAGCGACCUUCUGGACAAAAUCCACUGGGCCAAGGAGCAUGAUCAGGAGGCAAAGAAAAUUGCCAAGGCUGGCCAGCAGUUUGCCCGAACACAUCUCAUGGGAGACAAUAUAUUCUGUUAUUACUUCAGGCUCUUCCAGGAGUAUGCCAAACUCCAGGUCAGUGAAGUAAAGAUUCGGGAGGGGAUGGAACUUGUGGAGCAGCCAAAAGACGACCUGUUCCCCUGCUUCUGCCACAGGAGGAAGGUAAGAGAACGAGUCUCUGAUCUGCCGUUGUUCAAAACGAACAGACCAACAGGCCCAUUUUCAUCUGCGUCACUCCAUCACACACACACAUUUAACUUUCUAAAACAAUAAAAACAAAAAAAACCGCACGGCAGUGCCUUCUUCGGGGUGCCAAGUAACAGAAUAAUGUUUCCGGUCCUCCUGUGUCCAUAAAUCUGCUGGAUUUCCUCCGAAUAGUUUAGGAAAAUGUGCACAAUUCUUUGUGUUCUAAGGAAUGUGAGAUUUUCCAUUUUGGAGGCUCUUUAAGGAAAUCAUAUUUUGGGAAGACCACCAGAGCAAACAUGAGAAUUGGCUCGCUGCUUGGCUGUUUCUCUGGCGUUUGAAGGGCGUGGGGCUGCUGUCUAAAGCAGCCAGAAAUGAGUCACCACCUCAAAGAAAAAAAAAUAACACUUCCUGCAGUAUAUUCUAUUACUGUAAAUUAGAGUACCCUUACUGUAAGAUUCACUUGGACUUUUAAGAACAUACAGAUUGUAGAGAUUGCCAUAUGGUUAAGAAGUAAAUGGCAGUAUCUGAAAUUGCAAAUCAUUCCUAUAUCAUCAUGAUGAUGUAUUUUCAAUAUGGUGUUACGACAAAAAAUGAUGCAGUUCUACAGUGAAUUUAUCUCUGAUCUCUUGACCCAAAUUAGCUGGCCUUGUGGCAGUAUCCUGUUUUGUCAGUCCCUGAAUCUGCUCUCUGUACAGUGGAUAGAGAAGUUAACAGGACACUGUUCUGCUAGAUUUAUGUCCAGAUUUGUUUUCACUACUGGACCAAAUAUUAUAAUUGUGAAUAUGGCUGUCGGGCAUGACUUCAGAGAUAAGAUUUGCCACAGCUUUGUUAUUUCACUUGCUUCUUUUGCUGAACAAGCUGUCAUACGUUAUGCUAUAAAUUUCCGAAAACAGCUAACGUUUUCAGAAACUUCUUAUAAAAUUUGAUAGAACAAAAUAACUCAAAGCAUAAUUUCUGCGACCCUUUUAUUUGAUCUGUAGGUUGAUCAGAAAUGUGACUGCCUGUGCUCCGUAUCUGAAGUACGUUUUCUUCUGUGUGACUUUAAGUGUGAUUCAUUGUUCGUGUU